AACACAGACAGUGUUCCCGGCAAUCCUAGCCGGCUCCUUCCCCACACCCGGCCACUGGGCUGUGUUGUGUCCCAGGGCUUCCUGGCACCCUGGCUGGGGUGGGGGCCAAGCGCAGCUUCUUACCUCUGUGCAGGAUGCAGCUGCCCCGCGCCAUCUUCAUCCUGUGGCUCGGCCUGGUGGGCGGCCUGGCUCAGAGUGACCCCAGCCUCAAGGCAGAGGAAUCCUACUCGGACUGGGGCCUGCGGCACCUCCGGGGCAGCUUUGAGUCAGUCAACAGCUACGUUGACUCAUUCAUGGAGCUUCUGGGAGGGAAGAAUGGAGUCUGUCAGUAUCGGUGCCGAUAUGGAAAGGCGCCGAUGCCCAGACCCGGCUACAAACCUCAGGAGCCCAACGGCUGUAGUUCAUAUUUCCUGGGUAUCAAGGUACCAGGAAGUAUGGACUUGGGCAUUCCAGCAAUGACCAAGUGCUGUAACCAGCUGGAUGUGUGCUAUGACACCUGUGGUGCCAACAAAUACCGCUGCGAUGCCAAAUUCCGAUGGUGCCUCCACUCCAUCUGCUCUGACCUUAAGAGGAGCCUGGGCUUUGUCUCCAACGUGGAAGUAGCCUGUGAUUCUCUGGCUGAUACUGUCUUCAAUACUGUGUGGACCCUGGGCUGCCGACCUUUUAUGAACAGUCAACGGGCAGCUUGCAUCUGUGCAGAAGAGGAGAAAGAAGAGUUAUGAGGGCGAUCAUUCCUGGCUUUGAAUGACACCACGGCUCAGUUUCAGAGACUGUGGGGGUGACAGAUGUGUUAUCCUUUCUUCCAACACUUUGGAGGCCACAAAGUAGGAGAAAGGAGACAGUGAGUCUAGCCUUUAAGGAAAGUUGAGAAAAAGACAUGGAGAGAUCAAAGACUUCUUUUCUCUUUAACACACAGCUCUCCAACCAAGAAACAUUUGCCUGGAAAUUCAGUUCCUAAAGACUGCUACAAGCAAGUUCUUAGAUCCCAUCAUGGUAGUCAUGAGAGAAAUCUGGGGGAGUCCAACCAUUUCAGAGACAAUGACUUUCUUCCGGCUUGUGUUUCAGUUGCCAGUUAGCACCCCACAUUUAAUAAAGUGUACUUUUUAGAAAAAUUGAAAGGAGAUGAAUGAAUUCCAUUAUCAUCUAUAUUUCCAUUUCACGUAGAUGAGAACAGAGUGCAACCUGGUAAGUUCUAUUGGUGACGAUUCCUGUUGGUGCUCAAGAGACAAACACAGCAGAAGGGCAGAGGGUUAUCUGAGGAAGGUGGGAGGGAGUGGGCUCGGAGGCUCCAUUUCUCCCUCCAGUGGCCUGCUCCUGUUGGUCAUCCCCGACUCCAAGCAAUACAAAGGUCGUGAGAAGAUUGGAGAUGCACUUAGUUAGGGCCAGGGAAGGAAGGGAUGGUCCAGGGUCCCUAAAUUGUGACCCUUAGCACUGUGUGGAUUAGGAACACCUGUGAAGCCUUCAUCUCGAACCAUUAAGGAUCUCUGGGGCUGUGCCUAGGCUAUUUUUAAUAGUCUCUCGGUGAUUGAUUCUGUUGUCCUGGAAAGGCCACCAACUAGUGCAGGGACUGGCUGACAAAUUCGGUCCAAAGCCUGUUUGUCGGUACAGCCUUUCAGAACGCUACCACAUUUGUUUUGCUUUUAUGUUUGUGCUGCAGUUGUUUGCAGCUGCUCUUGCCCUAAAACAUCAAGUUAUGACACAGACCGAGUGGCCCCAAAGUCUAAAAUCGAUAUCUUUUGGCCUUCGAAAGAAAAACACUGCUGACCUCUGACCUAAAUCAUUCACUCCUUCUCCUCUUUUUGUUAACUUCAUUAAAUUGCAUUAAGAAUUGUCAGUUGCCGGGUGUGGUGGCGCACGCCUGUAGUCCCAGCACUUGGGAGGCAGGCGGAUCUCUGGGAGUUCAAGGCCAG